AUGGGCAACGUUAGCAGCGUGCCCGACGAGGGUGCAUCUCUCUAUCUUAGAGACCAGAACCGAUUAUCUAUCUCUUCCGCCGUCAUAACUAGCCCGAAAAAGCGCACUUCAAUCAACAUCUUUCCAAAUGCAUUCCCUGCUACACGAGUAUCCGCAUCACGAGCCCUCGGCGACUCCAACCCCGUGGAGUUCAUCCUAGACACGGAAGCAUCCAGCGCUGCUGCAGCCCCUUCGUUCCUCCUGAAACUCGCCAAUGAUGACGACCUUUUAUUCACAUUCACAUUCGUUAUCCGCAGGCCACAACAUGCCGCUCCAAGCCCAACUGGUAGUCCCGAGCCCACAGCCCUCCCAGAUACUCAGAUCAACGGCCUCACAUUCGUCUUUGCUUCAAACCCCCGUGAAGUCGAGAAUCUCGUCACACGCGAGUUCCAUGCAGAUCCCAACCUGCACAAGAAUGCCAAUGUUGAACUUGUUGGGAGCUAUUCAACCGAAGGCAGCGCAUCAGUGACAUUUGACUGGACAUGGCGCUGGAAGCCGCCAAAGUCGGCCGAGGACAAAGGGGGUGGCUGGCGGAACUCAUGCAGUUUCGUCGAGUACGACCAACGGGCCCAUCGCCUUCACACCUUAGCCAGUUUCUCCUUCUACGUCGCCAACGCCUCUCCGUAUCUCAGCCAACCCAAUUCGCCAACUCCUCCUCUCCUGAGCGCUCCACCAAAGGUUCGUGUGGUAUCAGCGCAGUCGCUGGAAUCCCAGAUCAGCACCAUACCGGAACACGAUGAGUUUACCUCCCCGCAGCCGCCUCUCCUGGAUCCAGCGAACAGUGCGCCAUCCGCUCCGCCGCCUACUGCAAAGGAGCCGAUCAAGGUCGACGUAGCCUGUCCUCGACCGGGCGAGGACAUGUCUGUCUCUGACGACGGGCCCGUGUUUCGGGCGACCAUGAAAGCACUCGAGCAGAAGACAGGCAACAUGAGAAUGCAGAUGAAGAGGUUGAUCAAGAAGGCCGAGCAGGUCUACGCCGCGCAACAAGAGGCAAACGAUGCGUUUGCUGGAUUCAUGGAGGCUUUGAAGGACAUGGCAUCGACCAAUGCCAACGCGGUCCAGCCCGCCAUCGAGCACUACUUUGACAAGAUCGCCCGCGAGAUCCUGCUAUAUGAGCGGAAGAAUACCGCAAAUCUGCAGAAAAUUGUCAUCGACCCCGUGAGCAAGCUGUACCAGAUGGAUAUCAAGCAGGCUGAGGCGAAGAAGCGCGAUUUUGAAGAGGAGAGCAAGGACUUCUACGCCUAUGUCAGCCGCUACUUAGGCCAGCGCCACGACUCGGUCAAGGCGAAGCAGAGCGAUUCAAAGUACCAGACGAAGCGUAAGAAUUUCGAGUUAAAGCGCUUCGACUAUUCGUCUUUUAUGCAGGAUCUAUCAGGUGGCCGCAAAGAACAGGAGAUCCUGUCACACCUCACGAAAUACGCAGACGCGCAGGCCAGAAAUUUUCUAGACACUGCCAAAAAGGUCGAUGAGUUGCUCCCGCAGCUCGAAGCCCUCUCCACCGAGGUUCAGGAGGCGGACAAGGAGUAUCAGUACCAACGCCGGGAACGGGAAGAAAAGCGGAGGCUUCUAGAGAAGAGCAACCUCCCCUAUUUGGAACCAGAACCGCCAUCCACCUCGUCGGGAUCGAGCGCUGCACCAGGCCAGGCGAACGGGAAUUUGUCCAACAACUCGGACACUGAGAUCGGCCGCGCGGACAGCACAGGAUCACAGCUGAGAUUGACACGCUCGACAAAUGCAAGUAGCCCCUCAAAUGCAGGCGAUCUGUCUAGGUCACCUGGGAGCCUCAACCAGCAAACUGCCAUUGGCAGUCCGCAACAAAGUUCCAAAUUCAAGGGCAUCCGUGAUUUGGAGGAGCGGGAUCCCAGCCAACCGGUGCCAUCCGAGAAAGAGGCUGCCAAUAGGAAAGAAGGCCUCCUUUGGGCGCUGAAUCGGCCGGGCGGUCACGUAGAUCCACGGAAUUUAAACAAGCAGGGUUGGCAUAAGUUUUGGAUAGUCCUCGACCAAGGGAAGCUGUCCGAGUACAGCAACUGGAAACAGAGAUUGGAUCUUCAUAUGGAUCCAAUUGACUUGCGUCUGGCCUCCGUUCGAGAGGCCAGGAAUGCAGAGCGCCGUUUCUGCUUUGAAGUUAUUACUCCGCAGUUUAAACGAGUUUACCAAGCAACAUCCGAAGAGGACAUGAAUAGUUGGAUCAUGGCUAUCAACAAUGCGCUGCAGAGCGCUGUCGAGGGACGCUCCUUCAAGGACAAGCCGCCGACAGCCCCUGGUGACUCCGGUUUAAACGGGGUAGACAUCGGCUCGGUGCUGAUAGGCAAAAGCACGUCACUCAGCCAUUCGAGCCACAGCUCAAGCGCCGCCCCCCUGAGGCGGACGACCGUUGGCCAUCGCCCUGGCACUUCACGCGGCAUCAGCUACGAGGAGCGGCCUGAUAAGCUGCUCCAGAUGCUCCGUGAGAAUGACCAAGGGAAUUCAUGGUGUGCCGACUGCGGCUCCAGCAACAAGGUUGAGUGGGUGUCGCUCAAUCUCGCAAUCAUAGUCUGCAUUGAGUGCAGCGGUAUCCACCGGUCCCUAGGUACACACAUCAGCAAGAUCAGGUCCCUCACCCUCGACACAACCUCCUUUACCCCGGAUAUCAUUGAGCUUCUUCUCCUUGUUGGGAAUAGGGUGUCCAACAUGGUCUUUGAAGCCAAGCUGGACCCGGCGCAGAAACUCACACCACAGGCCACCCGGGAGCAGCGCCUCAAAUUCAUCACGGCCAAGUACGUCGACAGAGCGUACGUAGAGCCUCUAUCCAGCACAUUGUCCCGAUUCGCCACUGCCGAUGAUACCCUCCUCGCGGCGAUCAAGAGGAAUGAGAUCCAGCAGAUCAUAUACGCGCUGGCGCUCCGAGCCAACCCCAACGUGACGGACAAAUCCCGAGGCACUCACGCCAUCUACCUGGCCCUCGCGGCAGCCGACCCCGCUCCGCCCUCCCCUAUCCCAAACCAAGCCGCCCCACCCACGCCAGCCGCAGUCGACAGAGUCGUUCCCUUCCCCGUAGCCGAGCUCCUCAUCCAGAACGGCGCUGAACUCCCAGACUCCCUCCCGCAGGUACCCCUCAGCCUGGCCGCGCAGGCCUACAUUGAUCUGAAGCGCGGUCGAAAGGCUGCGAUAGAGGGUUACCACCACGACUCUGCGGGGGCCGGGGCGGGGGUCUCGCUCCUCUCGUCGUCUUCGCCGUCGUCAUCCCUGAUGGCGGCGGGAGACAAUAAUAGUAAUAGUAAUAACAAUAGCAAGCUCCUUAAGCGGGUCAGCGCCGGCGGCAGGCUCGCCAAGUCGCCUAUCCCCGAACGAUAG